UUGGGUCCAAUGUCUUUCCGGAUGUAUCCCUGUGUCCUGUUGGGUAUUAUUAUCUGUCUGGAUGUAUCCUCUUAUUCUGUUGGCCGCUGUGUCUGUCCGGAUGUAACCCUCUGUCCUAGUUGCUAUUUCUGACGGGAGUGAAGCUGAAGGGCCGAGAGGUCAUUCCGAGCGUAUGCUUUUCUGAAGAUUAUGGGGUCACAGCCGCCAUCGAAACCCUGGGAAAGACGGAUCCCGGGAAACCUGAGUGUCCCCUCUUUCCAAUCAACUGAACUGUUACCGUCCCUACCUACAAGACAAGGACAGCCUGUAAUUACAAGAAUCCCACCACCUCUUCCCCCAAGACCAACACAACAGACUGGAGUUGGUAACUUCAGCACUUACAGAUCUACCUAUAAUACCUUCUCUCCAGCAUAUACACCAUAUGGAAGCUAUAGCCCCUAUAACUACGGGUAUGGAGGCCUUGGCUACAACAGAUUUCGAACAGAUGAUGUUCCUCCAAGUAGGUUUGUACGCCAGGCUGAAGAAAGCAGUAGAGGAGCAUUUCAAUCCAUUGAAAGUAUUGUUCAUGCAUUUGCUUCUGUCAGUAUGAUGCUUGAGGCUACUUUUUCAGCAGUAUACAACAGUUUCAGAGCCGUCUUGGAUGUUGCUAAUCAUUUUUCCAGACUUCGAGUGCAUUUUACCAAAGUUCUCUCGGCAUUUGCACUGAUCAGAACUUUGAAGUACAUGUAUAGGAAGUUACAAAGGUUACUGGGCCUACGGAACAACUCUGAGGUUGAGGAUUUGUGGGCAGACAGUGCUGUGGUUCCAGCUGGUGCUGAAGAUAAAGUACCUGGGUCAGGCAAAUCCUGGCCCAUCUUUUUGUUCUUCGCUGUUGUUCUUGGAGGUCCGUACCUUAUAUGGAAACUAUUAAGCUCAGCCACUUCGGAAGGACCAGGUGAUAAAAUCUCUUUUAAAUAAACAUAUAGAAAUUGUUUCAGAGAUAGUAGAAACUGCAGAUGCUGGAGAAUCUGAGAUAACAAGGUGUAGAGCUGGAUGAACACAGCAGGCCAAGCAGCAUCAGAGGAGCAGGAAGGCUGACGUUUCGGGCCUAGACCCUUCUUCAGAAA